GUGUGUUUGAAACGGAUCUAUUAUUAUUCUCCCGAUGUUGUAACCUUGUGUCAGUUAUUUCCGGUUACAUCAUGGACAUAUUCUCUGUCGUUUCUUUGUUCCUGUAUAUUUUCAGUAAGCGUUCUCCCAUAAGGACGCAUACAGUAGUUUCGACCGAGACGGUAGUUUCGACCAAGUGGUUACAGGACUUUAUACAGCAGACCGCAAAACCUACAAGACAUUUGAGAAUCAUAGAAACCUCAUUUAAUACAAAUGCAGCGAACAGUUACACCAAGGAGUAUGCAGAAGGUCAUAUUCCACAAGCUAUAUAUUUUGAUCUAUUCAAAUGUGUCAAUGGUACAGAAGAAAUACCAAAGGAACUGCCGGAGUUGAAGUGUAUUACAGACUACAUUCGAGGUUUAGGAGUGUGGCCUGACACGCACGUGAUUGUUUAUACGCGAUCUAGCGUAACCCAAGCUUUUAGGACAUGGUGGACAUUUCGGAUCUUUGGACACAAGAAUGUAUCUGUUCUCGACGGUGGUUUCCAGAAGUGGAUAGCUGAUGGAUUUAACACCAGCACAAGUAUUCCGCUCGUAGACCGCUCAACAUUUGAAGGAAAGUUAAACAGUUCUUAUUUGAGAAACUAUGAUGAUAUGAUGGAGAAUCUUCAGACAAAGAGGGAACAAGUUGUUGAUUCACGGGCGCCUGACGAAAAAUGGGUUUCUGGAAAGGAAUAUGACAGCGGUAUGAUCCCAGGUUCCAAGAUGGUUAGUUACACGACGCUGUUUAAUACAGAUGGAACUAUGAAAAAUAAGCUGGAAUUAAAAGAAAUAUUUGAGAAAAAUGGUGUAGAUCUUGCAUUACCAAUAGUAACCUAUUGUAACACAGGGAUGAAAUCUACCGUUGUCGUUGCAGCUGCUUAUGUCCUAGGACUUGAAGUAUCUAUGUAUUACGGUUCAUGGAAUGAAUGGAGACGUCGGGCGCCGGAAGAACUUAAGCAUCGAGUAUGGGAAAAAGGAUUUCCUUAAGUUGGUUACAAUUUAGAGACAAAAUACAAACACACUGGCAAAAAAUGCAAAACUUAUCUUACUUGCGGUGACAUAGUUUUAUGUUGCUGGUGUCACAUUUAUUACGUGAGGUUUGAUCUAGAAUCCAAAGAAAUUGAACUUACAUUAGUAGAAAUAAUACUGUAAUUUGUUUAGUAUACAGACCACAGUUCUGUAUUCAGACCUUAUAUUUUGUUCAUAGGAGAUAAUUCUUGAAGUUUAUGAAAUUAGAAACUAAGAAAGUGUUUAACUGAAAAAGUUUAUUUAACCCGGUAGCCAGACUACUAGACCAACAUCAGCAGCUAACACAAACUGAAUGAUACAAAUAAUAAGUGAUAUGAUCAUUUAUUUUCAACACACAUGUACAAAAUACUUUCUUCUCAAAAUAAAUGGUUGCUGAUAUAGUAGCUGCAGAAUACAUAUGGCAGAGGACAUAGUAAAAGGAAAAUUAAGCAUUUUAGAGUCUAAGUCAAAAUUUCAGAUUUACAGGGUUGACGAUACGAACCCUGGUGAUCACCGCAGUAAAGACGCCCAUUGUCAAUUGAAUAGCAUAUUUUAUUAUCACAUUUGUUAAGACCUGCUGGACAGGUUAUUUUCAGUAUUCAAUUGGAUGUUUAGAACUGAUAAACAGAAAUGUCAUAACGGGUCACUACGCAUGAAUUACAUUAACAAUGAUUAUUUAUAAUAUUCAACAUUCGUUUCCAUGUUUACCUAUUUUAUAUACAUUUACUUUCCACCUUUCUUGCUGAUAAGUUCCCAGACAUUGACAGUUCCAUAACUUAUAAUGUUAUUACACACAUUUCUUUUUAAGUAAAUUGCAUCAAUUACUAUUUCACUUUUUUUUUUCUAUUGAUUUUACUUUAAUUGUACUUACUGGUAUUGCCUUUGUUAUGCUCUCUUAUUUAUUUAAUUAUAUGUAGAAUUUA